GCAGGGCGGAACCCAAACCCAUGGUGUGGGGCUCAGCAUUCUCCUUAUGUUAGUGUUCGAAGGAGUUGUGGAGGUGAGGCUGGCAAAUGGCAGUAUGCACUGUGCUGGGAGAGUGGAGGUGAAAUACAACAAUGAGUGGGGGACCGUGUGUGACGACUCAUGGGACGUGAACGAUGCCGCAGUGGUUUGCAAGCAGUUGGACUGCGGGUCUGCUAUAGAAGCUCCUCACUACGGAUACUUUGGGCCAGGAUCUGGCCCCAUUUGGAUGGAUGACGUUGCCUGUAAUGGCUCUGAGUCUGCACUGUCUGACUGCAUGCAUGCAGGAUGGAAAAAACAUAACUGUUAUCACAAUGAGGACGCCGGAGUUACAUGUUCAGCACCCACCAAAAGGUGCCGGGAUGGCUGUGGGGCUCUGCAUGUAGCUGAUUGGGAGAUGAGGUGGGACAUAAAAAUGGAAGUGCCAGUGAGAUCACAAGUGUCUUUGCUUGCUCCAGGACCUGUUCGGCUUGUUGGAGGAGACAAUGACUGCUCAGGUCAUGUGGAGAUCCAUGAUGGAAAACAGUGGAAAUCUGUCUGUGACUCACACUUUGGUCCCAAAGCUGCCGAUGUUGUCUGCAGGGAUUUGCUGUGUGGCAAAGCCCUGCUGUUACCCAGAGCAACUCCUUUGGAUGAAGAAGUCAGUCCCACUUGUGACAGGGAUCUGCAGUAUGUGAUGAAUGCAUCUGUCCUCACCUCCUGCCUCAAGGAAUCCUUCAUCAACCAGUCCUGCACCCACCCAAAUGGCACUUACGUCACCUGCACGAGUGAGGACUCAGGGUGGGAGUAUACAGGGUUCAGGCUGGCGAACGGCAGCACGGCGUGUGCAGGCAGGGUGGAGAUCCAGGUGAUGGGGACCUGGGGCACCCUCUGUGCUUCCCGCUGGGACAUCUCGGAUGCCCACGUUCUCUGUCGUCACCUUGGCUGUGGGUUUGCGGACACCGUUCCUAAAGGAGGGCAUUUUGGGGGAGGAACUGGCCCUGUCUGGAGUGACUCGUUCCACUGUGAUGGGAGUGAAGCCCUCCUGGCUCAGUGCCCAGUGACCGCCCUGGGGGCCUCUCUGUGCUCUCAUGAGAACGAUGCCGCUGUUGUUUGCUCGGGGCACGAGGCCAGCCUGAGCCUCUGCAACACCUCCCUGCCAGAGGCCACGAGCAUCAUGGAGGACGUGGGGGUCGUGUGCCGGGGGAGCCGACGGGUCCGACUGGCGGAUGGGGCUGGGCGCUGUGCAGGGAGAGUGGAGAUCUACUACCAGGGCCGAUGGGGCACGGUCUGCGAUGACGCCUGGGACAUGGCCGACGCUGAUGUUGUUUGCCGCCAGCUGAGCUGCGGGUGGGCCGUGGAGGCGGCCGGCUCCGCUCGGUUUGGGGAGGGCUCCGGGCAGAUCUGGCUGGAUGAUGUAAACUGCUCUGGGACUGAAGCUGCUCUCUGGGACUGUCAUGUCCAGAGAUGGGGACAGCAUGACUGUGGGCACAAGGAGGACGCGGGAGUCGUCUGCUCAGAGUUCAUGGCCCUGAGGCUGGAGAACAACGAUGGCUGCUCCGGGCGCCUGCAGGUUUUCUAUAACGGAACGUGGGGCAGUGUUUGUUCCAACUCGAUGACUCCUCACACGGUGCCAUUGGUGUGCAAGCAGCUGGGCUGUGGGAACAGUGGGACCCUGGAAAUGAGCUCGCGCUACGAUAAGCUUUCUGGCACUGCAUGGCUGGAUCGUAUAGAGUGUGGGAAGAGCAAUAGCACCUUCUGGCAGUGUCCUUCUGCACCCUGGGACCCAAAGUCAUGUGAUGAUCUGCGAGAUGAGACCAACAUCACCUGCACUGGUAACUAUGAGCCACAUGGGCACCAGUGCCACCCCAGCUCCUGCUACCUGGUUGUCACAGUCUGGCACAGAGAAAGAGCCUUGGGGAGGGCUUUUUCUGCCCAUGUCAAACUCAGCUGCUGCUGCUGGCAAAUAGGCCACUUCAGCUGUCAGAGCCGCACUUGCCCACCAGCAAUGCCCAGGGGAAGCAGAGGCAACUCCAGGGGAAGUCUCAGAAGAGACCAGACAGGGGGGGUCAGCUGCUGCCGUGACCACAGUGAGGUGCAAGACAAGGCCAGCUCUGCUCUCUUCUGCACAACUCCCAGCCCCUUCACUACAACACUUCUUUCUGCAGGGAGACAGCCAGGAAGGCUUCUGCUGGCAGCAUGCCCCAACUCCACCAGUUGCACGGACAGGGAGAAGAUCCGUGCUGUGGGAGGCAAGGACAGAUGCUCAGGCAGAGUGGAGGUCUGGCACCAUGGCUCCUGGGGGACAGUGUGUGAUGACUCAUGGGACAUGCAGGAUGCUGAGGUGGCGUGCCGCCAGCUGGGCUGUGGCCCUGCAGUGUCUGCCCUGGCUGAGGCUGCAUUUGGGGAAGGUACAGGACUGAUCUGGCUGGAGCAAGUGGAGUGCAAAGGGACGGAGCUGUCGCUGCAGGACUGCUGGGCCCGGCCUGGAGACAGUGGUGUCUGCCGGCAUAAGGAAGAUGUUGGAGUGCAUUGCUUAGCUUCACCCAGGAUGACAGCAUUCCCCCCACAAGCAGGUAAGGCGUCCACCCUUGGGGUGGAUCUUCACUGAGCCACACUGUGAUCCGCAGCCAGGGGGAGGAAUCUCUUUAUCAGGGUGUGAAAUGCCCAGGAAGAGGCACAAGGCCGUUAGGGAUGGGGAGGGGCUGUAAUGUACCCAGGAGGAUGGGAACUACUGCAUCACCCAGCCCCUGGCCCGAAGCCCCCACUGCCUUGCAUGAUUGGGGUAAGGGCUGGGAUGUCCUGCCCCUUUUCUCUCUGAACCUUGGUGAAUCCAUGUUCCUUCCCCUGCAGACUAUCCGAUUGGCAGAGGGAGAGUCUCCGUGCCUGUUGUCAUUUGCAUUAUCCUGGGGGCUCUUCUCUGCCUGCUCCUGGCCCUCCUGGCUGGGCAGGUGCAAAGUGCCAAGGCUCAGCGCAGAGGUAGGUCCUGUCCCAGUAAUUCUGGUGGAGAUGCCUCCUGAUAGGGUUGGCAGUGAUGCUGGAAGGAGCAUGGGUAACGUGGGGGGAUAGGACCAUCUGCUGCUUCCUGUUCCACACCACUCCACAGACAGCCUGGACAUUGGGCCCCAGCAGCAAGGGGUGGAGAGAGCCCAGAAGCAGAGGGAGUUAAUGCUGGGGCAAGGGAAGAAAUGGCAAAGCAACACUGGUAGAGAUGGGAGUAGAGAGGAGACAGCCAAAGAUGUUCCACUAUGGCAGCAGUGGAGGGGGCUCUGGGGCAGAGAAGGUGCCAGGAAGAGCGCGGGGUGCAGUCCAUCACUCUGUUGUUAGGCUUCUGUGUUGUGUUGGGCACAGCCAUGCUAUGGACCUGAGGGGCAGAGAGAGGGCAGAUCCAGAGGUCAGCAGUGGGAUCUAACACAGGGGCCAAAGAAGCAUGAAGGUUGUCUCUGACAAGUCGGUGUGAGGCUGAUGCUGACUCGCACCAGCUCGUUGCUCUCAAAGGGGAUGUGAAAUGGUGCCCAAAAAGCCCAGGAGCAGGGCAUGGGGAGAAAAGCAGAGUCCCACCCCUCUCCACCCAUCCCCAGAACAGACCUGCCUUUGUCCUCAGGCUCCGGAAGAACUGAGGAGUCCUUCUUGGAGGCUGUGUAUGAGGAGAUCAG